AGUUAAAAAAAAGUAUACAAAAUUAAGAACAGUUUUGGCUGAGAAAGUUGAAGAGGAAAGUGAAAGAAAGACAAUUGAAAAGAAAAUAUCAACAACAAUUAUUUUGGCUGUAAACAAAAUACAACACCAACAACAACAGCAGCGGCCGGAGAUUGCUGUUCUCAAAGCCCACUUUUUUUUUUUUUUACUUUUUUUUUUGGUUUCCUUAUUGGAUUCUUUUAUCUCUCUCUCUCUCUCUCUCUCUCUGAAAGGAGUAGCUGAAACUUUCUCGUAUUGCUUGUUGGUGGAGAAUGCUAUCUGGGUUUUCUAGAUCAUACCCAGAUCUUGCUGUUAAUUGAUCCAGCCGAAGAGCAUGCACAUCUUGGCAAAAGCUGAAGAAAAGAGUCGCAGCGAAAAAGAGAUUUCCCCCUGCUAGGUUGGAACGUUUUUAAAUCAAACAAAGAUUAAAAAGCUUAUGGGGUGGAUUAUAACUACAAUGGACGUGUGGACUGCUUGUUCUGGCUUGAAUUUGGUUAAAUGUAUUGUUUGAAUGAAAUUUGUUUCCUCAAUAAUUGAUGCUGUAUUUGGCUUUGGAUGAUUUUCAAUAAGUAUUGGGUUCUUAAGCGCAGGAGGGAGCUUUUAUUCUGUCAAUUAAGUUAUGAUCAAACAGAUAUUUAAUAAGUUCCCACGUAAGUCCUCUAAGUCAGCCGAAAAUCGUGAAGGAGGAGGAACAUCUACCUCCUCUUCAAAUGCUUAUGCCAAUUCAAGAAGCAAUGAUUUGACGAGUAACCGAAAUCAGGGGACUACAUCUUUUACAGGCUUUGAUUCUACUUCAAAUCCAGCAUUAAAUCAUGGCAGUAAGUUUAUGCAAGCUGUGAAUUCAAAGCUGAAUGGGAAUUUAGCAGCUUUCUCUUAUGAGGCUUUGCCUAGUUUUAAAGAUGUUUCAAAUACUGAGAAGCAGAACUUGUUUUUGAAGAAGCUGAACAUGUGUUGCUUUGUGUUUGACUUCACUAACCCAACGAAGGACCUUAAAGAAAAGGACAUUAAGCGACAGACAUUGGUUGAACUUGUGGAUUACGUUGCUUCUGCUAAUGGAAAGUUCCCCGAACCUGUCAUGCAAGAGAUGAUAAAGAUGGUGUCCACAAAUUUGUUUAGAACACUCACUUCUCCACCCCGUGAGAAUAAAGUCUUGGAAGCCUUUGAUUUGGAAGAGGAGGAGCCGUCAAUGGACCCUGCAUGGCCUCACUUGCAGGUUGUGUAUGAAUUCUUUUUGAGGAUUGUGGCGUCGCCUGAGACAGAUGCAAAGUUGGCUAAGAGGUAUGUUGAUCACUCAUUUGUUCUCAGGUUGUUAGAUCUUUUUGAUUCAGAGGACCCCAGAGAGAGGGAUUACUUGAAAACAGUUCUCCACCGCAUUUAUGGGAAAUUUAUGGUGCACCGACCAUUCAUCAGGAAAGCAAUCAACUACAUCUUCUAUCGUUUUAUUUUUGAAACUGAGAAGCAUAAUGGGAUUGCAGAGCUGUUAGAGAUUCUGGGUAGUAUAAUCAAUGGGUUUGCUCUGCCGCUGAAAGAAGAGCACAAGCUCUUUCUUGUUCGAGCACUUAUUCCACUUCAUAAACCAAAAUGCAUACCCAUGUACCACCAGCAGUUAUCUUACUGCAUUACACAAUUUGUGGAGAAAGACUGCAAGCUUGCUGAUACUAUUAUACGGGGAUUGCUAAAAUAUUGGCCAAUUACAAAUAGUUCUAAGGAGGUAAUGUUCUUAGGUGAGCUGGAAGAAGUUUUAGAAGCAACUCAGCCUGCUGAGUUCCAGCGCUGUAUGGUUCCCUUGUUCCGCCAAAUUGGUCGUUGCUUAAGCAGUUCGCAUUUUCAGGUGGCGGAGAGGGCUUUGUUCUUAUGGAACAACGAUCACAUUGAGAACCUCAUCAAACAGAACCGUAGUGUCAUACUGCCAAUUAUCUUCCCUGCAUUGCAGAGAAAUGCAACGAGCCACUGGAACCAGGCUGUACAGAACUUGACAGUAAACGUUCGCAAAAUUUUCUCUGAUACUGACCCUGAGCUUUUUGAGGAGUGCUUGCUCAAGUUUCAGGAAGAUGAAGCAAAAGAGAAAGAAAUUAAGUUGAAACGUGAAGCCACAUGGAAACGCUUAGAAGAGGUGGCUGCAAUGAAGUCUUCAAUUAAAGAACCAGUGCUUGUCUCUCCCCGAAAACCCAGUCGUGCACCUUCUGGCUAGAGAGAUUCCUGCAUGUGAUUACAGCGGUUUGAUACGUUAAUUGGUGAUUGGGUCACAAAGUCAAAGGAUGCCAUUGCUUGGGGUACAAAGUAGCCCCAUUUCGGUUUAACACGCCUGGACUGUAUAUAUUUAAUUGGAUGGACAGAGCAAAUGGGUGCUGCGGAGCACUUUUGUAUUGAAGAUUUAGCCUGUAAAGUAGUUGGCAAUUUGCUGUUGAUGUUCUUAAUGGAGUGAAAAGAAAUUUUAAAAGGAAGAAGAAGAAGAAGAAGAAGAAAGGGCUCGAAUUUGACAUAUAUUUGCUGACAUUUUUGUGAAUUUGGUUUAAUGGAAGUAGCCUCAAUCGUCUGAUUUAUUUGUGUAUCAUCAAACUUUGUUGCUCUUUUGUGAGUGUUUGGUUGCUUGACAUAAAAAUUGUUUAAAGAUGGAAGAGUUUGUAGCCAUUCUAGAUACAGCAUGAAUUGCUUCCCUCAUUGUUCAACUUCACUUUUUCA